GCCUGUGCCACCGCGUCCGCGCCUCGCCCCGCCCGGGGCGCCCGGAGAGAAGGCGGUUUCCCAAAGCUGCUGGGCUUUGAGGGGCUCCAGAAGCCGGUCCCCAGGCCCUUCCUCCAGAGGCUGCUGCGGCGCCAACCAAGACCAGGUCCUGCUGUGCAGAGGCGGGGCGGUGGGCUGUGCCCAUGAAAGCAGCCUCCAGAUGAGAGUGGUGAGGUGCACAGAUGCUCGCGGUCACCCCAGGUCUCCCCCAGGCAGCAGAGGCGCCAUCCCCACUGGAGGCACAGCUGGGCCUCCUCUGCUCUGGAGCAGAACAUUGACGGCUGCUUCUGCAGAGCCCGGAGACAGCCCGGAGCCUUGUCUCUCAGGAAGGGAGAGACAAGCCAUGGUCCCCUCUUAGCCUCAGCAUUUGGGGGCAGCACCUUAGGAGGAGUCACGACCAUCCAUCCCUCCGCAUACCGGAAGGAGGUAGCUGAGAAGGGGUCCGGAGCCCGCCCACCCCGGCCCCCAGCGCCAGGUGGGCAUGGACCAACAGCUGUGAACAAGCAGAGCUGAUGCCAGGCCCCCAAGGGGCAUCAGGAGCCCCCACCAUGAGCUUGGGCAAGCUCUCGCCCAUGGGCUGGGUCUCCGGCUCGCAGGGGAAGAGGCGGCUGACCGCAGACAUGAUCAGCCCCCCGCUUGGGGACUUCCGCCACACUAUGCACGUGGGCCGCGGCGGGGAUGUCUUCGGGGACACCUCCUUCCUCAGCAACCACGGGGGCAGCUCUGGGGGCACCCACCGUUCACCCCGAAGCUUUCUAGCCAGGAAGCUCCAGCAGGUGCGAAGGGUGGGGGCGCCACCCCGGCGGAUGGCUUCCCCGCCCGCACCCUCGCCCGCUCCGCCCGCCAUCUCCCCCAUCAUCAAGAACGCCAUCUCCCUGCCCCAGCUCAACCAGGCCGCCUACGACAGCCUCGUGGUGGGCAAGCUCAGCUUCGACAGCAGCCUGGACGGCUGUGCGGACGGACGCUCCAGUUAUGGCCUGGACUCGGGCUUCUGCACCAUCUCCCGCCUGCCUCGCCAGGAGAAGCCCCGUGACCGAGACCGUGACAGUUCCUUCCCCUCUGAGCCCCAGCUUCGCCGCUCAGACUCCCUCCUGUCCUUCCGCCUGGACCUCGACCUUGGGCCCUCUCUCCUCAGUGAGCUGCUGGGGGUCAUGAGCCUCUCAGAAGCCUCCACAGCUGAGGCCCCAACCCCAGCUCCUGCUGCGAACCCCCCAGCCUCUGCUGCGAACACCCCAGCCCCUGCCUCAAACCCCCCAGCCCGUGGACACUUCCCCAAUGGAGUAAGCGCUGGGUUGGGCCCCGCGGCUGAGGCGAAGGCCAGGCCAGCAGGAGAGUCUCCCCGUGCUCCUGCUGACAUGGGCCCUGGCAGGCACUGGGGAGCAGGCUGGGGGGGCAGCCGGGGCAGCCACCACUACAACGAGAUGGAUGCCCGGCAGGAGCUGGUGAGGGUGUUGCCCCAGACUCGGGCCUCUUGGGAGAGCCUGGACGAAGAGUGGGGAGCACCCCAGACAGGCACCAGGGCCCCUGUGCCCAGCACAGUGCAAGCAAACACCUUUGCGUUUGCCGAUGCCGAGGAGGACGAUGAGGUCAAGGUGUGAGUGGCCAGGCCUGGGCUCAGACCCUGCCCCCAUCAGGGCACCACCCAUGAAUAGCCCAGCUGCAGAACCAGCCCCUCACCUGGCAGCUGGGUCCUGCCAAAGGACCACCCAAGUUGCUCCAGACACCUCUGGGCCUGCAGGACAGACAUGGGAGGGAGGCCAGGGGGGACCAGACUUGUUCUGGGACCGGGGUGUUCCCAGAGUGCUCUGCAGGCCGACCCGCCCACCCCCACGGCCAUUCUGGACCCAGUGGCCAUUCCUUAGCUCCUCCCCCACCUUGGGCCACCCCCACCAGCUGGAGGCCCUAGCCUCACAGUGCAGCCUUUGUGCUGGGGAAGAUGGCCCAGGGGGAGCAUGCCACACAGGGCCUUUGUCUCGUCUUCCAAGGGGCCCAACUGUCCCUGCUCAUCCUGGAGCUGCCCCAGUGGAGUCCCUGGGAAUUUGGGAGUCCCCUAAAUUCCUACCUGAUCCCUCACUUGUCCUAGAAGCCUCAGAGAAGGGUCAGGUGUGACCUCCCAGGGGAGAAACCCCACCUUCUUGUGUACCCUAGACCUGACUUGGGUCCUGAUUAAAGAAGGCUUUUGGAUAAAAGGUAUCAGGCAAGAUGCUUGGGGACCUGGGCUAACAGGGCCAGCCCCACCUGCUUCAGUACUCAGCUUUGGGUUUGGAAAGCCAAGGACUCCCCCAACCCCACCCAGGGUCCCUGGUGAGGGAGGGGUGGGGCAGGGGGUAAUGAGUAACCAGGCUGGAAUGUCCUUGCGAUAAGACACCAGGUGGGAGCCCUUAUCUGCAGUUCCGGGUUCAGCCCCGGGCCCAGGUGCAUGGAGCCCCAUGUUUGCCCCAUCAUCCGUAGGGCAGCAUGCUACUUGCCCUGGUGAUAGGAGGGGACAGGAGGGAGUGCUUCGGGGUAUUUGGGAGCAUGUCCCAAACCCUGCUUGGCAGUCCUAUGACCUUGGACCUCAGUCCCCUCUGCGCCGAGGAGGCUGGAGCACCCAAAAGCACAGAUACACAGACCACGGCUCCCGGCACACAGACUCCACCAAACCACCUUUGUUUUCAGCCUUGGGGAAGGACACUGGGGUCUGAGGGCAGGAACUGGGGGUGAGGGAGCCAAGUCAGAACCCCCAGGAGCUGCGAUCCAUGACUCAGGGUGGUCAGUUCAGCUCCUCGAGGUGCCGCCCACUUAUUCAAGCUUGAAGGAGGUAACGUUGAACCCACCCUUCACACACAGAUAGCUCAGCUGACUGUGGCCCAGCCUGUUAGGAAAAGUCACCUGGUGCCCAUCUGGCAGCUUCACCUUGAAUUCGUUAUCCUCAAAGGUCACAGCGAUCUGUGGAGGGAGGGAAGGAGUCAGGGUGUCGGGGCACCGUGGAAAUGGGCCAACACCGUGCCUAGUGGUCCCACAGUGUGGCACAUUCUAGGCCAGGGCGCCCUAACAUCUGGACUCUUCUUGAUGCCCUCUCCUUUGUUCUUUGGCCUCACCUUGACAUCCAUGCCUGGGCUGAAGCACAUGUGAUCGUCCCUGUGCUCCUGCCCCCAGUUGCCAUCCAGCGUGUUGCAGACGAUGGUGGACUCGUGAAAACGUGGGCUGAAAUGCAGGUUCAGCUUUUCUGGUCCCUGGCCCAGGUUAAUCACAAAACUGCAAGGGAAGUGGUGACAGGUGAGGAUUAAGGGCCAACCCUGGGCAAAACAGCCAAUUUCUCAGUCUAGGUUGACCACAAGGUGGAAGAGUCCCCAAAGAAAGAUUGUAUUAAUUGAGAUCUGCACCUUAAAACAAAGGAGUUGACAACCUAAUCCCACUUAGCACUGAAGUAUCAUAUUCCAUUUGGAGUAUAGACUGAGGUGACCAGGAGGUAGGCCACUGAGAGAGAGUUUCAGGAACUGGUCUCUAAUUGGGGAGAGAACUGUUCUCUUGAGUUAUCUGAAGACCGGUCGAGUUUGGCCAUAAACAGAGUCCCUGUUGCUGGAGGUAUGCCUGGGCGGGGGGGUGGUUUCUGUGAUUUCUUGGCGGGGUCACUGCUGGAGCUUGGAUUAGACCUUCAGGGCGCCUGACAACAGGGCUUCUGAGUUGUGGGGUACCCACUUCCCCACCUUGCUCACCUGUCAGCAUUAUCCGUAAUCUUGCCCUUGAUCUUCAGGCUCAUCCCCUGCCUUAUGUCCAUACUCGUAAUCUCAAAUUUCCCCUGUGUGGACACAGAUACAUUCCAGGACAAAUCAGUCACAGGAGCCCCUUAUGAGGCUCCUUCCAUGUCCACUUAGCUUCGGGGCUCACCCUCCCCCUGCCCACACGAGGGCACCAGGUUGGGAGGUGAAGGCACCAGGGCCCUCUGAGAAGAGCUUUCCAGAGCACCCUCUGGUCCCUCCUACUUUGUUCUCAUCCACCCAUUUGACUGCAGCAGCCAGAUGUGGAGACAAGUGUCCAGCCAGGGGAGCCUCAGUUUCCCCAUCUAUGAAAUGGGCAGAGCAGUCCCUGCUGACCUCACACUUCUCAAACAUGUUCCAGUGGCAAAGUCACAGUAGAACCUUCCAGAACCCCCCAAACAAGAAUAUGUCAAUCUCAAGUCACAUUUGGACUCAUUUUACUAAUAAAAAAAAUUACUGUUUCUCGAAAUUGUGGCCCAUCCAAAACUAUUCAUCCCAGCGCCAAAGCCACGUGUCCAUCCAAGCCCUGCCUCGUCGGGGGGCUGCCUGGCUGAAAUAGAAGAACCCAAGCCCCCAAAGACAGAGGUGGGAUUGUGGAAAUGCUGGGUCUGGGGUGCACCUGGACAAACUGGGAUGUGGGAGAAGCAGGUCUGGGAUCCUUGCCCACACUCCAGGAUGCUGGAGGCCCAGAAAGAGACAGGGAGGCAAAGC